AUGUGUGACAUAAGUGUGCAGACAGAGACCAAAUGCGGUGACAAAUGUGUGGAUAAAAGGAAGAAAGUGCUUCCAAAGAAUUUCUCGAAUAGAUUCAAUGGUUUGAGUGAAUGUGAACUCAAGCAGAAGACACUACCGGAUCACUUGGCCUAUGAUUUAGAUGUAUUGAUUGUAGGCAUAAACCCGGGUUAUUGGGCCGCUUAUAAGGGUCACCACUACUCCGGUCCGGGAAACCACUUCUGGAAAUGUCUGUAUUUGUCUCAUUUGGUACCAAAACCGAUGACCGCUUUCGAUGACUUCCGUCUCAUGGAUUCGAGUUUUAAAUACAGAAUCGGUUUCACGAAUAUUGUCGACCGAACCACUCGUGGAAGCGAUUGUCUCUCAAAAGAUGAGAUUCAAAGAGGAUCUCAAGUUUUAAUCAAUAAAUUGAAGACUUAUUGCCCUAAAGUAGCCGUUUUUAACGGAAAAGGAAUCUACGAAUGGAUCGACUCGUUUUCAAUUAGGACUUCAGCCAAAAACAAUAGAUUCGACAUUCAUUUAUGUGAUGCCCUCAUCCAGUGCUCGCUGUUCACAACUGCCCCGGGCUUCCGAUAA